UUUUCCCCCAAAAUAAGAGUAAAAAGUUUACAAGACAAAGUUGCAAGAAUACAGUGUUCGAGCGUUGACUCAAAACAGUGAUUUUGUUAGUGCCAAGGAUCUAGUUCGAUUUAAAAUAUGGAAAGAAAUACAAGAAUCUUUUGGAUAAUUUCUAUUCACGUUAUCCUGACCGUUUUCCUAUCCCACGAGCAGCAAUUUGAUCCUUGCGAGAGCGCGGAGGAUGGUGAAAUGGUUCGUGGACCAAUAAACUGUUCCCAUUAUAUAGUAUGCGAUGAAGACGAGCCAUAUCACGAAUUCUGUCCUGAUGGGUUGCUCUUCAAUCCAGACAUUCAGGAUUGUGAUGAUCCUGACUACGUCGACUGUGGCAACGAAUAUUACGAUAGCGGAGAAUAUGAAGACUAUGAUGACUAUUCAGAGGAGGAGGAGGAGGAAGAAGAUGAAGAAGAAAGUCCUGAAAAUGAAGUUGAUGAUCGUGAUAAUGAUGAUCCUGGAAGUCCAUGCCCACCGAAUGACAAUCCGACAAAAGUGGUGUUUGCUGCAAGUAAAACAAGCUGUUCCGAGUUUUUCCUUUGCUAUCAUGGUGUCGCGAUUUCUAUGCAUUGCACGGACAGUCUUCACUUCAAUUCGAUAACGAAAAAAUGUGAUUUCCCAAGGAAUGCAAACUGUCGAGUUGAUGGUGAUAUCAUUCCGAAUGCACCUCCAAAAUGUGAUCGAAAUGUAUUCAUGGAAGUUUAUCCUCAUCCCACAAAGUGUGACUAUUAUUAUUUCUGCCGGAAAGGAUAUCUGUCUAUCCAGCAAUGCCCGUUCUACUACUAUUUCGAUGCAGCGAUGAGAACUUGCCGAUAUAGCAAUGGUUAUCAGUGCUAAUUUUCGAGAUGAUUUUGUGUUUUCGAUCUAAGGUGUAACCGUGUAAAGUGCCACAUACAUAUAUAUAUAUAUAACCAUCCCAACUUA